ACUCGCGUCGCCUUUUGCAAUAUUUUUUUUAUGGAAUAAAUUAUAUUCCUGCCCCGUCAAGAUGGUGAAACUAACGCCGGAGCUGAUAAACCAGUCCAUGCAAUACAUAAACCCAUGCCGGGAGCGCGAACUCGAUUUACGCGGCUACAAAAUUCCACAAAUCGAGAAUUUGGGUGCCACAUUGGACCAGUUCGAUACGAUCGAUCUGUCCGACAAUGAUCUGCGCAAACUGGACAAUCUGCCACAUCUGCCGCGGCUCAAAUGCCUGCUGCUGAACAACAAUCGCAUCUUGCGGAUCAGCGACGGCUUGGAGGAGGUUAUCCCAAAUCUAAGCUCCAUCAUUCUGACGGGCAACAAUUUGCAGGAGCUGAGCGAUCUGGAGGCACUCAGCGGAUUUAAGAAGCUGGACACGAUAUGUCUACUCAUCAAUCCGGUAUCAACAAAGCCCAAUUAUCGCGAAUAUAUGGCUUACAAGUUUCCUCAGUUGCGAUUGCUGGAUUUUCGAAAGAUCAAACAGAAAGACAGGCAGCAGGCGCUUGAGUUCUUUCGCACCAAGCCGGGCAAGGAUCUGCUCAAGGAGGUGACCAAAAAGUCCAAGCUAAGCGCUGCCGCCGCCCUCGCCGCCGAGGCGACCAACGGUAAAGCGGCUGCCGAUGGCGGCGGUCGGUUCGCCAAUCCCGAAGAUAUGCAGCGCAUACGCGAAGCCAUUAAACGGGCCAGUUCACUGGCAGAGGUGGAGCGACUCUCGCAGAUCCUGCAAAGUGGCCAACUGCCCGAGAAGUUUCAGCAUGAAAUGGGCCAAAAUGGCCACAACGGCACCACGGCCAGCAAUCCGGCCGUUGCCUUGGAAUAUUAGUUCUAGCCCCGUCGUCAGCUACCUUAUAACUGUAGAACAAUAAUUUUUAAUAAAAAAAAAAAAAACAGAAACAAUAAAGG